GAGUUGAUGUGAUGUGACUGUAAGGUCGAUGAAGUUUGUGUUCCGUUCAUCUUCAACCUCAAAAUCUGGGUCAGGGAAGAAAGGAAAAGGCUUCGGGAACAAUAAAGGUCAAUGGCUGUAAGAUGUCAUCAGAGCUCUUUUUUAUGGCGAGUGGGCAUGCUGUCCUCAGUGGUCGUUCAUUCCACUGAGCACUAAAGAAAAGCAAGGAGACACCUUUCUUCUUCCAUACUGCUCCUAUAUAAAGCCGGCCUCAACCCAUUUCUUGGAUGUUUGUAUGCUUUUUUACCCUACUCUUGGAUUUGCCUUUUCCCCCCUCUCUGUCUUGUUCUUCCCUUCCUCCCAAGGAAUUGUCUUUGGACAUGAUCACCUCACCGCGGCUUCUGUUACUAGCUUCAACCCUUGCUUCUGUUGAGCUCCACCCUACCCAUGCCCUGAGAGAUCUUGAGCUCCAUGGAAUCGUCUAGUGCUGGUGGUGGUGCCGAUGGGAUCCACAGGCAGGACAUCCAGGCGGCCAUUGUGAAGGCGGCAGAGCUGAGGGCGCUCCACGCGGCGCUGCUCCACGGGGGUACCGGCGGCAGUCCCGCGGUGGUGAGGUUGCCCGCCGGCGCUUCCCCUUCCUUUUCCCGCGGCGCCAAUCAGCUCGCGGUACCUGAAGAUUAUCCUGUCUUCACGCCGAGUUAUGAAGAGGACCCGUUGCCUGGAUACCACUAUCUUCGUGCAGAGAACAGAAGCUUGUCACAAACUUGGAGUGCAAUUGGUCUGGAUGGAGAAGGAACAGAUACUGAAACAGUUGUCUUUGAUAGCAAAAGUGUGAAUAAACUUUCCACGUCAAACAGUGAACCAAACAUUUCAUCUGUAAUCGAGCACUUAUCCAACAGAACCUCAUGCACUAACCGCAUGCCCAUGUCGCAAGCCACCCUAGGAGCCGAUAUCCUCAAGUCCUCAAGUAGAAGAACAGGCUCAGGAGAAUGUAGAACGGGCAUUACAAAUGAGGCACGCAAGCGGGAAACUGUUAACAUGGAAGUGGAUGGUGACCAGAAGAAUCUCAAGAAUGUUAAAAGCACAGUGGCACCAUACAAUCCGGAUCAAUCUGUAAAGAUGCACACAAAACACAGAGGGCCAGUCCUUUCAUGGUUAUUUCCAAAAUCAAAAAAGAAGCCCAAGCCAGAAAUGUCACCAAAGACGAUGGAAUCGGAGGACAUGUCCCAACUUCUUAAGGAAUGGGGGGUUCUCUCGCUCGAGUCACUGAAGAAGGAGCUCCUCGAGGCCAAUGAGAACAGGGAUGCUGCCCUGGCGAAAGUUUCAGAGAUGAGGUUGUCGUUGGGAGAGCUGCAACAGAAGCUAGUCAGUCUGGAAGCAUAUUGUGAAGAGCUGAAAACGGCCUUAAAGCAGGCUACACAUACAAAGAGUUCCCAGAGUCUGGAGAGGUCUAAUCUGUCCAAAAGAAUGAAGUCCAUCGGUGGCAACAAAGACAACUCGAUGCCGGUCAGCCAAGAGGUAAUGGUGGAGGGUUUCUUGCAGAUAGUAUCAGAAGCCAGGCUCUCCAUCAAGCAGUUUUGCAAGAUGAUCAUCCAGCAGACAGAAGAAACCAGCGACGAUCUGUCAGAGAAACUAAAUUUGCUUCUCCAACCACAUCAGAUGACAUUAAGUAGCAAGUACUCAAAAGGAGUAAUCUAUCAUUUAGAAGCCCUCAUAAACCAAUCUUUAUAUCAGGACUUUGAGAACUGUGCAUUCCAUAAGAAUGGCUCUCCAAAGUUUCUAGAUCCCCGGCAAGAGUGCCGAGAGAACUUCUCGUCAUUUGUUGCGCUCCGGAAUCUGAGCUGGAACGAGGUGUUGCAGAAGGGAACCAAGUACUAUAGCGAAGAUUUCAGCCGGUUUUGUGAUCAAAAAAUGAGCUGCCUUGUUUCCUUACUAAACUGGUCGAGGCCAUGGCCUGAACAGCUCCUCCAGUGCUUCUUCAUCGCUGCCAAGUGCAUUUGGUUGCUCCAUUUGCUGGCCUUUUCCUUCAGCCCACCCUUGAUGAUCUUGCGAGUCGAGGAAAAUCGAGAUUAUGACCCCAUCUACAUGGAGGAUAUCCCCUUAGACAGACACAGAGCGCAAGCUCCUGCUCGAGUCAAGAUCAUGGUCAUGCCGGGAUUCUAUGUGAAGGAUAGGGUGCUGCGGUGCAGGGUUCUUUGCAGGCAUAGUUCUGUGGCAUGAUCAUUUGUUCGGUGGAGUUUCUUUUCUUCUGUUUGUAGCGACACAUUUGCGCGCUCUGGAGUAACUGAAGGUGUAAUUUUCAUCUCCAUACUGCUUGCUUUUAUCUUUCUUUUGAAGUAUAGGCGUGAGAAAAAGCUGUAUAUUUUUAUCCAACUAACAUGGAAAGGUCUCUGAUGUCCCAAUCAA